AUGAGCUGCAACACCGCCAACGAGGACCGCGACAAUCGCGACCCUGCACCAGCAGCAGCCGCCUCGUCUGGCCUCUCCGCCGUCGAUGGCGAUGCCACCAGCCUCUACGAGUACAUCAACCGCGACAAGGUCUGGGGCGCCAACCUCGAUCCGCCCGAGUCGGCCAAACACGUCAUCAAGCCCUGGGACCAGCGCCUCACCGCAGAGCCAUCUACGCAGUCCAAUGUCGACGACCAGAUCGCCAUCACCGUCCCCUUCACCUGCCCCGUCCGCCUCAAGUCCAUCCUCAUCAACACCGGCACGGGCGACUUUGCUCCCACGCGCUGCCGCGCCUUUGUCAACCGUCCUGAUGGCGUCGAUUUCGACGAUGUAGACGAUGCCACCUCCCAAGAUCAUCCCGCUCAUCUCUCGCCGCUCGCCGCCGCUGCUACGCUCGGCAGUGUGGCGAGUGGCAGGGCGCAGGCCGACUUUGCGCUCUUGCGUGGCCAGGACGGCGUCGUCGAGUAUCCCGUCAGCGUGGCGCGCUUCUCCCACACCACCUCCAUCACCAUCGUCCUCUCCCACUCCAACGCCACCACCCUCUCCCGCUUCUUCUACCUCGGAUUCCGAGGCACCGCGCUCGUUCUCAAAUCCGAGCCCGGCGAGAGGCUCAACAUCGGCGCAGCCAACGCGGCUGACCGUCCCGUCGAUGGCGUCCGCGAAAAACGCGGCGCAAGCCAAGGUCUUGCCGGCGGAAGCAGCAGGAGCCCGCGCUACGUCGUUGCCAGCCCUCGAGCCGCAGAACGCAUCGCAAGGAUGGCCGAGGGCAGUGCGUCUCCCAACAGCAGCAGCCAAGGGACGCCGCGACGCUCACCCAGAAAGAACAAGGACGCUCAGCACGCCGACUCGCCCUCCACGACGCCCACGCGCAAGCGCACACGCCAGUCAUCGGGCGCUACUGACGCCGACGACGACUCGACAACGUCCACGCCUCGUGCCGCUAGCAGCGCAGCCAACACACGCACUCCGGUCAACCCGCCGGCUGCGCUGCGCGCGCCGCACACCGCACCAUCCGCUCGCGGACGUCCUCCACUCGCAACGCCCUCCGCGUCCGCGGCCACCUCCUCGCGCGCAGACGCAGAGGCGCGUCAGGCUGCGUCAACAGCAUCGACGAGCGAAGGCGCACCGCACCGCCGUCGCUCGCUCUCGCAGCCGCCACCCAACGAUGUGCUCCUCCGGCAGCUGCAAUCCAGCGUCAUGACGCCCUCGGCAAAGCAUGCGUUGGCCAACACGCCCGCUCGUCGCAUCCUCGGCACGCCUCGACGCGCGAUCCCCGGUUCCGCUUCCGCAUCCGCCUCCAAUCCGUUUGCCGCCGACGUGCAAACGCCCGCGACGGACAAGCGACGAAAGCGCGGCAACGAUGCGCUGCUUGCGAGCGCGCAACGCACGCGCGAGCGACGCCAGUCGGCACGCAAGAGUUUGCUGUGGGGCGGUGUGGGCGGCUGGGCGGGCGGGCGCGAGGAAUCGCCCAUGGACCUGCUGCGGCGUCUGGCGCGCGCGCCUGGAUUCGUGGCGCCACCCACGCCGUCGCAGGACUCGAUCGCCAUGCCUCCGCCGGGCGCACGACUUGGCAGGGCGAGCAGCGCCAGUGCAGCUGACGCUUCGACGUCCAGCCUCGGAUCGCGCGCACGGGAUCGGGCGCGAGACAGCAUGGCGAGCAGCUCGACGCGCUCCAACCGCUCGUCGCUCGCGAGUCGUGCGACGAUGCUCGUGCCCGGCGAGAGCGUGCCUGGCGACCUGACGCGCGACAGCAACGUGAGCGACUCGCUCGAGGUGGACGAGUCGAUGGCGUCGAUCGGCUCGCCCGACGAGCUGUCGCGCUCGCGCCUGUCGGAUAUCGGCAUCCCGCGCAGGACGUCCGGCAUGGGCAUGGUGCGCGGCGGCAUCUUUGCAGCCAUGGCGGAACGGCCCAAGCAGUCGCGUGUGUCGACGGGAUCGCGCGUCUCGUUUGCAGACCAGCUCUCGCCUGCCUCGAUGCGCUUCGACGACAUGUCGAGCCGCAGGGAGGACGAGCUGGAACGCUCGCUCCACCCGUCGCGCGGCGCAGACAGCUUCGUGUCGGCGUCGGGCAUCGACCUCGCCACGCAGCGCGCCAUUGCACGCCUCGACGAUCUAACGCGCCGCAGCUUCUUCUCGGACGAUGGCGGCCUGCACCUCGACGAGGACGACUACGACACGAGUGCGGAUGCAGACGCGCGGCGCAGGAGGAGUGGGGGCAGGUCCAUGUCCGAGCCGCUCGAGGGCGAGGCGGAUGGCUCGAUCGUCGUGUUUGACAAUCUCGACGACGGGUAUGGCAUGGAUGUGGAGAUUGAGGAGGACGAGGUGUCGGAUAGCCUGGCGAUCGAAGGCGAGGACGAUUCGGACGGCGAAGUACGCAGGCUUGAAGAUGGCUCCUUGUCGCGCGAGGCGAUCCAACAUGGAGACGCAUCCCACAGUGGCGACGACAGCCGCGUGUCGCGCGUCUCGUUUGCCGAGCAGGACGAGGUGUCGUUCCAGGUGGACGAUGCCUACUCGGAUGACGACGAUGUGCAGUACGGUCUGUCGUCGAUGCAGGAGGAGCUCGAGGAGGAGGACGAAGAGGAGGGCGAUGAGCGCGAUGCUUCUGCGCGUCGACUCGACCUGCUGGAUGCCAAGGACCUGAAUGCGCUGCUCAAGCGGCGCAUCAAGCGGCGGGCGCGCAAGUCGCCGCACACGGGCAACGCCGUUCCGCCGCUGCCGGCGUCGAUCAUGCGCGACAUGUUUGCGUCGUUCCUGACGCCGGCGGCGUCGUCAUCGGCCUCGCUGCUGAGCAGCUCGGGCUCGGCACCGGCCAAGAAGGCCAAGCUGGACGCGACGGUGUUGGACGAGCUGGAUGCGGCGGCGCACGACUUUUUCGCCGACUUUGCGGCGAACCUCAUGCAGCAGGCCAAGGCGAGGACGAGCCGACGGGCGGGCGAGGGCAUGUCGAUCAACGAGGCGGAUGUGGUGGGCGUGCUCAAGAGACAGGGCCGCGUGACGCAGAGACACGACGCGAGCUCACUGGCACACAGGUUGAUGCCGAGGGAGCUGACGGACCAGAUGGAGCUCAGCAGGUGGGCCAAGACGGGCACCGUCCAGACCACGCUCGGCUUCAGCAGCAAGAAGAAGAAGGCGAGGGCGGAUAAAAGCAUGGCCGACACAACGGCGGCCAGCAGCGUGGUGCUCGAGGACGAGACUAUGUAG